GUGAGAGCAUCAUCAGAAUGGAUGCAAUGGAAAUCGAUGAUGACGUACAUAUGAAUGGGAACCUCACAAUGGAACGCCUCAUUAACCAAGUGGAUUUGAAGAGACGAAAGCAGCCGUCUAGAUGUGGGACUGUGUGUCUUGGAUUACUGUGCGCCGUCCUGUUGGCUGGAAACAUUGGACAGAUUAUCUACUAUGAAAUAAUCGGCCAUCACGCGUCACCUGAGCCAACACAGGCCAGUUACAACUCUCAACGAGAUCGACUGCAGAGCAGCUAUGAUGCUUUAACUGCAGACCGAAAACAGCAAGAGGCCAGACUGACUAACCUGACCACAGAAAAAGAGCAGCUGCAGCAAAGUUACAAGUCUUUAGCUGCUGAAAGAGAUGAGUUCAAGGUCAAUUUCAACAAUCUGAAAAACGAGAGGGACCAGUUACAAGUAAGCUGCAACACUUUCAAGCAAGAGAGCCAUCAGUUACAGACGAGCUAUAAUGACAUGCAGAGGGAUUUUGAGGGUCUGCAGACCAAUUACAAUCAUCUGACAUCCAGUAAAGAGCAGCUACAGACCAAUUACAGUAACCUGCAAAGAGGAAAUGAUGAGCUACAGACUACUCUUCAUCAGCUACAGGGGAGUUACUCCUCACUAAACAGGGACAGGAACCAGCUGCAAAGCAGCUACAAUACGCUGAAUAUUAGCAGAAAUCAACUUCAGAUCAGCUACAAUUCACUGUGGAAAGACAAAGAGCGGUUGCAGAGUAGUUAUAACGCACUACAGAGUGAAAAAGAGCAGUUACAGUCCAAUUACAGCAGUCUGGCUACAGGUAGAGAUCAGUUACAGAAGAAGAUCGACAAAGUCAGAAGAAGCCUGUUCUGUCAGUCAGGCUGGAGUAAGUUUGACGUCAGCUGUUACUUCGUUUCCACUGCGAAGAGGAACUGGACGCUGAGCAGACGAGACUGCGUCUCCAAGGGAGCGGACCUGGUCGUCAUAGACACCAGGGAUGAACAGACAUUUGUCAACAAGUUACUGAAAUCAGGUCAAAAUGCCUGGAUCGGUCUGACCGACAGUCUUCAGGAGGGGACCUGGAUGUGGGUCGAUGGUUCUCCAGUCACCACAACGUUCUGGCAACCCAACCAGCCCAACAGCUUCAAUGGGAACCAGGACUGUGGAGAACUGGUGCGCGAACCGUCAGGAGUGGGAGAAUGGAACGAUGACGGCUGCUUUGCUGAACAGAUCUGGAUCUGUGAAAAAUAAGAUCUCAGUGAUUCACACUGUUAACAAGGUUCUAAUGUGUAUCUUCAAUGUCUUAGUCUGGUCAUAGGUUCAUAUAUUAGCUUUCAUGAUUUUAGCUUUUAGUAAACUCUGUUAAUAAUUUCAUAAAUUUGCUGUUUAGCUGAUUUAGCUGAAUGUGUUUGAUGCAGUGGGAUAUGAAUUGGUUGGUUGUACAGAAACAGGUUUGUU